GGAAAUCAUGAAAAGGAACAGAUAUAUAUUUUGUUUUUAAGUACGAUUGACAGAAUGAAAAAAGAUCAAGGUAUCUUGAUGAGACAUCAUUCUCAUUAUAGCUUAGAAAUUCCUCAACAUCCUAUUCAUGCAAGAAGUUGCGGUUUUGGAAAUAAAGAUAGAAGAUAUAUAGAUCCAGUACCUAUCUUACAACUUUAUAAGAUACAUCAUGAUGGAACAAAAGAAAAAUCAUCAUUCAGAUAUGAUCAUUUGGUAGUUCAUUGUGAUUUAUAUGCUGAUGAUAAAGAUGAACCAAGAAACGUGGUGUAUCUUUCAUCUACUCCUAGUGGCGGUGGAGCUCGUCAUAAAUCCAUUUCUAAUAAUUCAACUAUACUAUCAUUACCAAGUCAACAAGUGAUGAAAUGUUUGGUUGGUACAUCUAUUUCUAAUGCCUAUGAAUUAAUGACUCCUUCUGGUGAAAAAGGUGUAUUUUUUAUAUUUGAUGAUCUUUCUAUUCGAAUUGAAGGUCAAUAUCGAUUAAAAUUUCAAUUAAUAGAUGUCUCUUUAACAUUUCCUAUGAUGAUAUUAGAUACUAUUUAUUCAAAACCAUUUAAAGUAUAUUCACCAAAACAGUUUCCUGGUGUUUGUGAAACUACUGAAUUAUCACGUUGUUUUGCCAGUCAGGGACAAAAAAUAGCCAUUCGAAACAGUAAGGAGAAAGAAAAGGGAGAAAAAAGGCUAAGAUAUAAUACACGUAUUGAUAUCUCUUCUGUAAUUCAUCCUCCAUCUUCCCCUUGAAUAUAUACAUACAUACAUUUUCCCCUCUUUUAAGGGGUGCAUCAUCAUUAUCAUCAUUUGAAAUAAAA